AGAGAGCAGGGUUUGUGCAGAGUUGGUCGGUGACGGAGUCCAGUCCGGGUAUUUCUCGGUGAUUUUUUUUCUCUCGGAGAAGUUGAUUCAUCCGCCUGCGAGUGGAAAAUCUUGUCGCUAGCUUGAGCGGGAGUUGGAGUCGACAAAACUUUCUCAACCAGCUUUACUGUUCGGCAAGUUUUUUGUUUUGUUUUGUUUUGGGUUUUUUUUUUUUUUUGCUCUGCUCGUCGCUUGCUGACGAUAAGGCUGUAUUAAAAACACAUUCUGUCGGUUGUGUAGGUUAGUUUUUUGAAGAAUGGCUGAUACAACUGCCAGCCCCGCUACCAACUGCCUGGAGAAGCUGAAAAGUUACGUGAAGACCCAGAAAGGCUUCAUCCUCGCAACAGAAAUAAUCCUCAGUUUCAUAAUAAUAAUCUGCUACGCUUCAUCGCUGUAUGGAGGCUACUCUGCUGUGGCCAUCUGUGAGAUGGUCUUCGCCCUGAUCUUCUUCAUCAUCUUCAUGAUGGAGCUGGACAAGCAGUUCCACGUGGUCCACUGGGUCUGGAGUGAUUUCAUCCGUGCUGCCAUUGGUGCUGCCCUUUACCUUAUCACUUCUCUGAUCUGUGUCAUUCAAGGAGCUGGAGACGGACCUCGCAUCGCAGGCGGGGUGUUUGGUUUGAUCGCUGGUCUGCUAUUUGCAUAUGACACCUACACCGUAUACUUGCAACUCAAGAGCUCCAGAAAUCACACAGCAGCUUCUACUGGAGUUUAAACACUCCAAGACCAGCAUCUGUCAAGAACGCAGAAGAAGAACAAAAGUUAAGAAAACAGUGGGUCAGAGAGGAGGAUGGACAGUAAAAUGAACACGUCACAGUUUAAUCAAUGCCACUGUAUGGCGGGAACAGAUAAGAUUUAUUUUAAGGCCGUGUCUGAGAGGACGAUGACAUAGUCAAAGUGAGUGGUGCUGUACACAUUGUAUGUCAUUAUUCCAACCUCACUGUAUCACAGAUUAGAAAGGGAAAACUGUCAAUAAUAGGCAAUGUAACACUUUGGUUGAUGUCAUCAAGCAAUUUGUCUAAUACACUUGGCUACUGUUAAUGGACUGCUGUAGUAAAUGGUUACUGUGUUAUUUGGACUUGUAAAGUAACUGACACAAAGAUGGGUGCUUUAGAAAUUGUUUAACAUCAUAAGGUUGUCAAGAAUUUGUGUUCUAUAUUUUCAGUGAGAUUUCUCAGCUGGUUAAACAUUUCCGCUUCUGUGAUUUAAUCUUUGCAAUUCCUGCAUGUCAUAGUGCCUGAAAGUCUCAUUCAAAUUAACCAGUUCCUUCAUCUGUUAUUCCUAAACGUUAAAAUGGCCUACUGUCAUUGAACAGCAAUCUUCUGGCUGUUUUCGUACUUAUAGAGUUUAGCGUUUAUCAUUAAGAUCCGUUCAUGGCCAUUAACCAACCAACCACAUGUUCAAUACAAGAAAUACAGCGUCAUCCUCCAGUUUUGCAUACUUUCACCUUUGUUGUUGCUCAGGUUGUUGCAUUGUUUGUCUUCUUAUAUUGUAACACAUUUUAAAGGUGCAGACUAUUCCCGUUGGUGUUUUAUACUGCUCAGUAAUACAGUCCAGGUUUUUUUUUAAAUAAUAUGUUCUCUUUUGACAAGAAAGGUAAAAAAGAAUUUGUUUUUAAAGACAAACAUUGCCUAAUUUUUUAUGUUUUUUAACAUGCUUUACAGGAGUCUGCAGUUUGCAAUUUCAAAAUUUAAGGCAGCCUUGCUUUGGGAAAUAAAAGCCAUUGUUACCACAAAGAAAA